GCACAAGAAUGUGAUACGGCUUCGGCCGCCGCCAUUUUCUUUCUUUCUUAGCAGUUGGCUGAGAGGUCUGUGCGAAGAAGCAGUAGUGGCUUCUAUACUAUAGAAAUGGCAGACUAUUCAACAGUUCCCCCGCCCUCCUCUGGCUCAGGUGGUGGUGGAGGCGGCGGCGGCGGCGGCGGCGGAGUUAACGAUGCUUUCAAAGAUGCCCUGCAGAGGGCCCGGCAGAUUGCAGCUAAAAUUGGAGGUGAUGCUGGUACAUCACUGAAUUCAAAUGACUACGGUUAUGGAGGACAAAAAAGACCUUUGGAAGAUGGAGAUGGCUCUUGGACAAGUCCGAGCAGUACAGCACACUGGGAGGGAAUGCCCUCUCCUUUUAAAGAUCAGCCUGAUGCUAAGAAAGUUGCUCCUCAGAAUGACUCUUUUGGAGCACAAUUACCACCGAUGCACCAGCAGCAAAGGUCUGUAAUGACAGAAGAAUACAAAGUUCCAGAUGGAAUGGUUGGAUUUAUAAUUGGUAGAGGAGGUGAACAGAUAUCCCGCAUACAACAGGAAUCUGGAUGCAAAAUACAGAUAGCUCCAGAUAGUGGAGGUCUUCCAGAAAGGUCUUGUAUGUUAACUGGAACGCCUGAAUCUGUGCAAUCAGCAAAACGAUUAUUGGACCAGAUUGUUGAAAAAGGAAGACCUGCCCCAGGUUUCCAUCAUGGUGAUGGACCAGGAAACGCAGUUCAAGAAAUAAUGAUUCCAGCUAGCAAAGCAGGACUAGUGAUUGGAAAAGGGGGAGAGACUAUUAAACAACUUCAGGAACGUGCUGGAGUGAAAAUGGUUAUGAUUCAAGAUGGCCCUCAGAACACUGGUGCUGACAAACCUCUUAGGAUCACAGGAGACCCAUACAAAGUUCAGCAAGCCAAGGAAAUGGUGUUAGAGUUAAUUCGCGAUCAAGGUGGUUUCAGAGAAGUUCGAAAUGAGUAUGGGUCAAGAAUAGGAGGAAAUGAAGGAAUAGAUGUCCCUAUUCCAAGAUUUGCUGUUGGCAUUGUAAUAGGAAGAAAUGGAGAGAUGAUUAAAAAAAUACAAAAUGAUGCUGGUGUUCGAAUUCAGUUUAAACCAGACGAUGGGACGACACCUGAUAGAAUAGCACAAAUAACCGGACCUCCAGACCGAUGUCAACAUGCUGCAGAGAUCAUCACAGACCUUCUUCGGAGUGUUCAGGCUGGUAAUCCUGGUGGACCAGGACCUGGUGGUCGAGGAAGAGGCAGAGGCCAAGGCAACUGGAACAUGGGACCACCUGGUGGAUUACAGGAGUUUAAUUUCAUUGUACCAACUGGGAAGACUGGAUUAAUAAUAGGAAAAGGAGGCGAAACCAUAAAGAGCAUAAGUCAGCAGUCUGGUGCAAGAAUAGAACUUCAACGAAAUCCUCCACCUAAUGCAGAUCCUAAUAUGAAAUUAUUUACAAUUCGUGGCACUCCACAGCAAAUAGAUUAUGCUCGUCAACUCAUAGAAGAAAAGAUUGGUGGCCCAGUAAAUCCUUUAGGACCUCCUGUACCCCAUGGGCCUCAUGGUGUUCCAGGACCCCAUGGGCCUCCAGGACCUCCAGGGCCUGGAACUCCAAUGGGACCAUAUAACCCUGCACCGUAUAAUCCAGGACCGCCAGGUCCUGCUCCUCAUGGUCCUCCAGCCCCUUAUGCUCCCCAGGGGUGGGGAAAUGCAUAUCCACACUGGCAGCAGCAGGCCCCUCCUGAUCCAGCUAAGGCAGGAACAGAUCCAAACUCAGCGGCUUGGGCUGCUUAUUAUGCGCAUUAUUAUCAACAGCAAGCACAGCCGCCACCUGCAGCUCCUGCUGGUGCACCAACCACAACCCAAACUAACGGACAAGGAGAUCAGCAGAAUCCAGCUCCAGCUGGACAGGUUGAUUAUACUAAAGCUUGGGAAGAGUACUAUAAGAAAAUGGGUCAAGCAGUUCCUGCUCCUGCUGGGGCUCCACCAGGUGGUCAGCCCGAUUAUAGCGCAGCCUGGGCUGAGUACUACAGACAACAAGCAGCCUAUUAUGCCCAGACAAGUCCCCAGGGAAUGCCACAGCACCCUCCGGCACCUCAGUGCCUUCCCAGACCUUCCACCUUAGGUUCUGCUGCAAAAAGCAACAGUGCUGAAGAUGCUGCAAGCACCAAAUCAUAGCUCAUAAAAUCAGGUCCUGAGAUAGUUACCCAUAAAGAGGAAUCCUUUGAGUGUAUGCCAUUGGUGAGCCGAUGAGCAUGGACCAUAGAAGGGCUCAAUGUAGAAGGUAAAAUUGGCAAAUCAUAAUUGAGAACUAUGGAAUGUAUUCCCAUACAUAAUAUGAUAUAUAGGGUGUAAUGUUGCCUGCUUUUGAUCACUUUUCAUUUUAAAGUGCUAUUCACCUGAUCUUAAUUUAAGUUCAUGAACUGUUCAGUUUUGUAACUUAGUCACUGCACCACAUUUAUGUGUGUUUGAAUAGUCAGUGAUAGGUAAAUGUUACAACUAAUUUACAACUAAUAUAAAGUGGCUCUUUGACCCUCAAGAAUCUGUUGGGAUUUUAGUUAGUUGUAGUUUGCAUUUUUAUAAAAGAGAAUAUUGAAUGCUGGAGAAUUGUUUCUGUCUCUUGAGAAUUUUUAUAUUACCAUAAGCUUUUGCUGGUACUGCAAGCAUUUUUUUUUUUUUUUAAGACAUUAAUCUUAAUGGUGAAAUGAAUGGAAAGCAUAAAGGUGAGCCAGUUGGUUUGAAUGCAGUUGAUGGGAGGAUUGGUAGAAAUGAUGUUUAGCUUAGACUGAAAUUGAAUUAUAGCACUUAAAAAGCUUGACAAUGAUUUUUUAAAGAUAUCUUUAGUGUGUUGAUAGUUUUUGUGGUUGUUUUAGGAAUGAGAAAGUAUACUUUUUAAUUAAUGAUAAUUGUUUUAAUGCUAAUACUAGUUGUGGAGCUAUAUCCUUACACAAAUAACUUGGUAGUUGAUGCAUAUGGGUAGGUUUGUAUAGGAGCAACAGUAUGCUAAGGAAAAUAAGAAUGUUCAGGAGUGACAGCAUUCGAGUACUCUGCCAGAAGAGCCAGUUCACUUACAGAAUUAACUAUUGUCUAGACUGAGGAUAUAGACAUUACAAGUCAUUGAGGCUGUGUCAAUUUUAUUUUCUGAAAGUUCUGCCUCAUUUAAAAGUGUAUUUUAACAAUACUUAAAGAUUAUUUGAAAGUAAACUGUGUGUUGUUGUGUAGUCAACAUGAGUUUUCUUGUCACAGUUAUAAGAAUCUGAGAGAUUUUUUUUUUUAAUUAGUGCUUGUAAGAAGCAGAAUCCCACCCAAGGUUUUAUUUUCUUCAGUGAUCCCCUUAUAGAAACUCUUAAAUGUGUUUGCACAUAUUUUCUUAUGCAUGCUCGAUGCAUUUUUGUCCUGAGAAAAGUGUUCUCUACAGAAACUACCCGUGUGUUUAAAGAAGAUUGGCUUAAAAUGGCUACUGUGAUGGGAACAGUGUCUUAGGGAGAUGCAGCUUGGACUUGAGGUAAAUUGAAUACUUUACAAACUGUGGUUAAGAGUUUGCUUGAUAUUGUAUGUAAAAGGGCACGUGAUUAUUGUAAUUUUGUAUUGAUUAUGGUUUUCUCAAUAAAAAAUAAAUGUACAUUGAUGAAUAUUA